AUGUCGUCCGCAGUUUCACCACAAUCAUCAUUGUCAUCCAGCUCAUCCCCAGGACCCGAGGCCUCACCCAUGCUCCGUGGCAACUCCAAGCCCAUCUUUCUGUUCAUUGACUCGCAGGCCGACAACCCGCAGAAUCCCUCACUUAACAAGCAAAAGCAGGCAUUUCUCCUACGAAACUACCACCGGAAGAAAAAACAAGCCUCGAUUGAGAGGCUGAAACGUUCGAAGCCAUCGAAACCAUCCCUAUGUCUUGCCCACGGCAGGACCUCGAACUUCUCUCCAGCAUAUCCUUGGGAUGCCCUCGCAGAAGAUAAUGAAGAGUUCCAGUCAGACCGUCCGCAGGGCACUCUUAAUCGGGUUGCAAAAAUGUCGGAGAUGUGGUCUCUGAAAGCGUAUCUGAGCCAGGGUUUUGUGGAUCCCUUUUCCGCCUCGGCCGUGCAAAUGUCCGACUCGAUGAAUCUGUAUUUUCAUCACUUCCGGAUCCACACCAUCGCCUCUUGUUAUCCCCUUGACUCCACCCGCAUGAGCAUUUGGUGGUGGCAGCGAGCAAUCUCCCAGCCGGCCCUGCUCCAAGCGCUCCUCUUCCUCACAGCGGGCCACCACGCAACGCUUGAAUCCAAUAAUGGAGUCUCCUCCACAGCCAUCGAGAAAUCAAUCAAAGACUCCCUCCGUCUCCGCGGGAACACCCUCAAAACGCUGAACGAUAUCCUGCAAGAUCCCAUAAAAGCCGUUGCAGAGUCCACCACCCUCAUUGUAGCCUCACUGGUGGCCAUUGAGGCUGUGGAUGCCAACUUUGAGGCUGUGCACGCGCACAUGAAAGGUCUAAAGAGACUCAUCAAUCUCCUUGGCGGCCUCGACGCCCUGGACCACAUGACCCUCUCCAAAAUCUACCAGAGCGAUGUCAAAAGCGCAGCCCUCCAAAAUUCCCGUCCCACGUUUCCCAUGUCCGCUCGCUGGCGCAGCGAGAUUCUGCAGGAAUCAACCCUCUUCCGCUCAACAGAACAUCUCCGCGUCUCCAAAUCUCUUGAGGCACUGGGGAGCCGCUUCUUCGCCGCACCGUGGUACCCGCCUUUAGACAACACCUUGAAGACGUUCGUCCAGAUUCUGCGGCGCCUAAUCAUCUACUUUGAAACCGCGCAGCAGCAGCCCUCGAUCGUCCUGCCGACGGACAACGACCUCUUCUUGGUGCUCGAGCACCGGCUCCUAUCGGCCGUGUAUGAGACCGGUACGACUCUGUUGCAGGAGCCACUACGCUUGUCCCUGCUGAUCUACCUGAACCUGCGGAUCUGGCAUUUUCAGGCCUUUCCGUUCAUGCAGUUCAUGGUCGAGGCUUUGAGGAGAAGUCUGGUACCGGCAUACGGACAUGGCCAGUCCACCGCGCCGGAUCUCGUCUUCUGGAUCCUGUUUAUCGGAGGCAUGGCGUCGCAAGGCUAUAAAUGUCACCCCUGGUUCGUCAGUCGGUUAACGGAGAUGGCGCGUCGUCUGGAUUUGGUCGAAUGGGAGAAAGCGAGGGAAACGCUAGGUGGGUUCUUCUAUACCGAUCAGCCGGGCGAGAGAGGCGCAGAGAAUCUGUGGAACGAGGUACUUCUGAUGGAGAGUUACCCGUACAUCGCCCCAAAACCGACGUUUCAGAUCCUCAUGUUAUGA